AUGCCGUCUGCUACUGCGGGCUACGCGCCUGACCUUGAAAAGUAUCUCAAAUCCUUGAAAGGGCAGCCAUUGGAGGCUGCGGUCGAGAAUCUCAUUUCUCUGCUAAAGAGAAGACAGAUUCGCGGCUCUGAGGCCUGUGCUGUGGUCACUGCCCAGAUGCUUUUGCAGGUGGUAGCUCGGACCAGAUGGCAAGAAGUCGACGGCCUCAUUGAUAACGUCACGCGCAUCGGUCGACGCCUGGUGGAGGCGCAGCCCAAAGAGCUAGUCAUUGGCAAUAUCGUGCGACGAAUCCUCGCCCUCAUCCGCGAUGAGGCCGCCGAGGAUCGGAAUGAACCCCUCAGCGAGACCCAGAGCGACCCUCCCAUGACUCCUCAGAGCGAGCCCGCAAGCCUGUACCUUCUCCGGGCUCAUCUUUCGACAUGUACGGAACAAGAGCCGGCUGGAGACUUCCUUUUCAACCCAGCCGUGCCCCAGACGAGGCCCGGUUCAGUAGCGUCGUAUAGCUCAGUCAAUGUCCCGAAAUCUCUCUUCCGUUUGCUUUCCGCUUCCCCGUCUUCCAAUAUCGAUGGCCUCAGCUCGCCGCACCGACAAUCCGGCACUUCGACGCCUCAGACCACCAGCCAGGUCCAUGCCUUGCGAUCCGAAGUGAUUGACGGAAUCGAGGAGAUCAAGGACGAAAUCAGCCAGGUGGAUGAUCAAAUUGCUGCCCUUGCCGAAGUCCAGAUUCGCCCAGGAGAUCACAUCAUGGUUCACCAGCCUUCGCCCACAGUUGAGCGCUUCGUCCUUCGAGCCGCCGCAAAGCGGAAAUUUACCGUCUUGAUUGUGACUGAGCCCCCCCGAAAGAAAACCGAGCAAGUACAGCACGCUGUGUUCCGGAAAGGGCUGGCGACCGCUGGCAUCACCGUCAUCAACGUCAUGAACUCGGGCUCGAUGGCCUACAUGUCGAGGGUCAACACGGUGAUUCUCAGCGCGCGAGCCAUUGUUGCCAACGGGGGUGCAGUCACAAACGCCGGCGCUGCGGCCAUUGCCCGAGCCGCACACGAACAAGGCAAUGCUGUUGUCGUCUUGGCUGGCGUGUACAAGUUGAGCCCGGUCAAUCCAUUUGACGAAGACGCUCUCAUUGAAUGGGGAGACUCUUCAAGCUUUGUAAGCUUUGCCGAUGGAAGUAUGGUCAACAAUGUGGAAAUUCGAAGCCCCGUAACGGAACUGGUACCGGCCGAGUAUAUCGAUACAUAUAUUACCAACCUGGGGGCGCACUCGCGCGAUCAUCUUGCCAGCUUGAUCGGAGACCAUUACCGACAAGAGGAUGCUGAUUUUCAUCUCGGAGACGCAUCCGACCGAUGA